AUGAAGCACAUUCCGGCGAAGAAAAUCCCCAAUCGGUACAAAGGAGUUAGGAUGAGAAAAUGGGGCAAAUGGGUGGCGGAGAUUCGGAGGCAACUAGACCGUAACAGGAUCUGGCUCGGAACUUACGAUACGGAGAACGAAGCUGCCCGAGCCUACGACGCUGCGGUCGUCUGUCUCUGUGGUACCUCCUCUUUCGCAACACUCAAUUUCCCUGAAGACCCGCCGGUCCAUAUUUUAAAUGAGCCCAAUAGCUUCUCCAAAUCGCAAAUUCAGUUGAUGGCGUCGAAUCAUGCACGUAGAGAAGGUGACGACGCCGUCGUUCCUGUUCGGGUCGUUAUUCCAGUUCCUGUUCCGGUCGCCGUGGAGAAUGACGCGAGGGAAGCUGCCGUGGAGAAUGACGCGAGGGAAGUUGAUGUCAAUCUUCGUAUUGGAAGAGAAGCUUAA